AUGGUUAAAAUCAAAAAGAAAUCAUCAUUGAGAGACAAAUCACAACGUAAGUCGCAACUUGCCAGUAAGAUUUCUGAACUCAAAGGGUCACAACAACAUAUUGGAUACGAGUAUCAUGAAAACACAUUACUCAAGAUAGCUAAAACUACAAAGAAACAAAAACAACAGGACAAGAGUGACCAGUUUAUCAACAAGUUGGUGAACAAAGUGACAUUCAAUACGAGUGGAGGGAUUAGCAAAUCUUCCUUGCGUAGACAAAAGAGGAAGGAAAAGGAACAAUUGAAGCCCAAAAUGGAUGAAUUAUUGCUGACUCUACCAGUUGGAGAAGAAACAGGGUCCAAGCUGACGAAGUUAGUUAGGUCAUCAAUUGAAGAGUUUGUUGAUACCAAAAAGACAAAUUUGAACAAACCCAAUCCAACAAAGAUCACGGGACACAGGAAGAUCAUGAUAGAGGAGCACAAGAAUUUUGGUAAUGUGUUGAAGAAUCCCGAAUUCAAAAAGUCUCCCUUUGAUGCGUUGAAAAAUGCAAUUAGACAGAAUAUGAGUUAG